AUGGCUCCGGAGCCGGCGCUGCUCCCUGGAGACGGCCGGGCCCGGCGAGCGUUUGCCCGCCCACAGGGAAGCAGGUGCGGUGGGCGGGAGGCGGCCCGUGAGCGUCCUGAUGGCCUGCUUUUCUGCUUCCUUCCAGCCCCGCCGCGCUUCAGGAUGAGGCAGCUGGUCUCCUGCCUCGGCCUGUGGCUCUUCCUCCAGCUGCCCGGCCUGGGCUCCGGGACACGCGUGGUCUACAAGGUGCCAGAGGAGCAGCCGCCCAACUCGCUGAUCGGCAGCCUGGCAGCCGACUACGGCUUCCCGGACGUGGGGCACCUGUACAAGCUGGAGGUGGGCUCCCCCUACCUGCGGGUGGACGGCAAGACCGGCGACAUCUUCACCACGGAGACCUCCAUCGACCGGGAGAGCCUGCGCGAGUGCCAGCAGCUGCUCCCCGGUGAGCCGUGCUUCCUGGAGUUCGAGGUCUCCAUCACGGACCUGCUGAGCAACAGCCCCCGCCUGCUGGAGGGGCAGAUCGAGGUGCUGGACAUCAACGACAACACGCCCAACUUCGCCUCCCCUGUCAUCACGCUGGCCAUCCCCGAGAACACCAACAUCGGCGCGCUCUUCCCGAUCCCGCUGGCCAUGGACCGUGACGCUGCGGCCAACGGCGUGGCCUCCUACGAGCUCAUGCCGGGCUCCGACGCCCAGAAGCUCUUCGGCCUGCAGGUGGCCGAGGACCAGGGCGAGAAGCAGCCACAGCUGAUUGUGAUGGGGAACCUGGACCGGGAGCAGGCCGAGUCCUACGACCUCACCAUCCGCGUGCAGGACGGGGGCAGCCCACCGCGGGCAAGCAGCGCCUUGCUCCGCAUCACCAUCCUGGACAUGAACGACAACGCGCCCAAGUUCGAGAAGCCACUGUACGAGGCCGAGCUCUCCGAGAACAGCCCCAUGGGGCACUCCGUGCUGCAGGUGAAGGCCAACGACUCCGACCAGGGCGCCAACGCCGAGAUCGACUACUCCUUCCACCAGGCCUCGGACGUGGUGCGGAGGCUGCUGCGCCUGGACAGGGCCAGCGGGCUCAUCACCGUGCAGGGCCCUGUCGACCGGGAAGACGUCAGCGUCCUGAAGUUCUCCGUGCUGGCCAAGGACAAGGGGGCCAACCCCAAAACCACCCGUGCCCAGGUGGUGAUCAGCGUCCGGGACAUGAAUGACAAUGCCCCCUCCAUCGAGAUCCGUGGCAUCGGCCUGGUCACCCACCAGGACGGCAUGGCCAAUAUCUCGGAAGAUGUGCCCGUGGAGACCCCGGUGGCGCUGGUCCAGGUGUCGGAUCGGGAUGAGGGGGAGAACGCCGUGGUGACCUGCGUGGUGGCUGGCGACGUGCCCUUUCAGCUGCGGCAGGCCAGCGACACGGGCAGCGACAGCAAAAAGAAGUACUUCCUGCAGACCACGACGCCUCUGGACUACGAGGCGGUGAAGGAAUACACCAUCGAAAUCGUGGCCGUGGACUCGGGCAACCCGCCCCUGUCCAGCACCAACUCCCUGAAGGUCCAGGUGGUGGACGUGAACGACAACGACCCGGUCUUCAGCCAGAGCGUGACAGAGGUAGCCUUUCCCGAAAACAACUCCCCCGACGACGUGGUGGUGGAGGUGAGCGCGACCGACGCGGACAGCGGGUCCAACGCGAAGCUCGUGUAUUCCUUGGUGGCUGACCCUGCCUCCAAGGGCGUCUUCUCCAUCGACCCGGACACCGGCGAGAUCCAGGUGAAGACGGUGCUGGACCGGGAGCAGCGGGAGCAGUACGACUUCCUGGUGGUCGCGGCCGACAAGGGCAGCCCCAGCCGGAAGGGGACGGCCUCUGUCACCGUCAGCGUCAUGGACCGCAACGACAACGACCCCAAGUUCAUGCUGAGCGGCUACAACUUCUCCGUCAUGGAGAACAUGCCGCCCCUGAGCCCGGUGGGCAUGGUGACCGUCAUCGACGCGGACAAGGGGGAGAACGCCCGCAUCCACCUCUCGGUGGAGCAGGACAACGGCGACUUCGUCAUCCAGAACGGCACGGGCACCAUCCUCUCCAGCAUCUCCUUCGACCGCGAGCGGCAGAGCACCUACACCUUCCGGCUCAAGGCGGUGGACGGAGGCAAGCCGCCCCGGUCGGCCUACGUGGGUGUGACCAUCAACGUGCUGGAUGAGAACGACAACGCUCCCGUCGUCAUCUCCCCGUCCAACGGCUCCUACAAGCACAUCCUGCCCCACACCAGCCCCGGGCAGCAGGUCAUGAGCGUCGGCGCCGAGGACAUCGACUCCGGGAUCAACGCCGAGCUGCAGUACAGCAUCACCGGCGGGAACCCCUUCGAGCUCUUCAAGAUCUCGCCCCAGAGCGGGAACAUCACCCUGGAGAAGGAGAUCCUGCGCAAGCACCACGGGCUGCACCGCCUGGUGGUGCGCGUCAGCGACCGCGGCAAGCCCUCCCGCCACGGCACGGCCCUGGUGCACUUCUACGUCAACGAGACGCUGGCCAACCGCACGCUGCUGGAGACGCUGGUGGGGCACAGCCUGGACACGCCCCUGGACAUCGACAUCGCCGGCGACCCCGAGUACGAGCGCAGCAAGCAGCGCAGCAACAUCGUCUUCGGCGUCAUCGCCGGCGCCGUGGCCGUCGUCCUGGUCAUCGUGCUGGUGGUGCUGGUGCGCUACUGCCGGCAGAGGGAGGCCAAGAGCGGCUACCAGGCGGGCAAGAAGGAGACCAAGGACCUGUACGCGCCCAAGCAGGGCGGCAAGGGCGGCAAGGCCAAGUGCCGGGUGCGGAAGAGCAAGCCGCCCAAGCCGGCCGAGCCGGCCGAGGACGAGGAGGAGACGGGGCUGCAGAAGUCCCUCAAGUUCAACCUGAUGAACGACUCGGUCAGCGACAGCCCCCGCAUCCACCUGCCCCUCAACUACCCGCCGGGCAGCCCCGACCUGGGCCGCCACUACCGCUCCAACUCCCCGCUGCCCUCCAUCCAGCUGCAGCCCCAGUCGCCGUCGGCCUCCAAGAAGCACCAGGUGGUGCAGGACCUGCCGGCCGCCAACACCUUCGUGGGCACGGGCGACAGCAACUCCACGGGCUCGGAACAGUACUCCGACUACAGCUACCGCACCAACCCUCAGAAAUACCCCAAUAAACAGUUACCUCACCGCCGAGUGACGUUCUCCGCAGCCAAUCAGGCCCAAGACCUGCAGGACCCCUCCCAGCACAGCUACUACGACAGCGGCCUGGAGGAGUCGGAGACGCCCAGCAGCAAGUCGUCCUCGGGGCCCCGCAUCGGCCCCCUGGCCCUGCCUGAGGACCACUACGAGCGCACCACCCCCGACGGCAGCAUUGGCGAGAUGGAGCACCCCGAGAACGAUCUCCGGCCGCUGCCCGACGUAGCCAUGACGGGGACCUGCACUCGGGAAUGCACAGAGUUCGGCCACUCGGACACCUGCUGGAUGCCAGGGCAGUCCUCCCCGAGCCGGCGGCCCAAGAAUGCUCUCAAACUCUCCACCUUUGUGCCUUAUCAAGACCGAGGGAGUCAAGAGCAAGUCGGGAACGGCAGCCCCAGACUCUCCGAGGAGCGAAACACCAAAAUGGCCAACCUCCGCCUCCUCCCCACGUACAGUGCCUUCUCCAACACGAGCCAUGAGCCCUGCAAGGACUCCCCCAUGGAAGAAAUCCCCCUCACCCAGGCCUCGGACUUCCCGACAGCGACCACCCCGUCCUCCCAGUCUGCCAAGCGGGAGAUCUACCUGUAAGACCAGAAGGGAAGGACGUGGGGAACCCGCUGAGGUCGGCGUCUGGAACUCGGAGGAGGAGGAGGAGGAAGAGGAGGAGGAGGAGGAGGAGGGACUUUUCAAACUGUGACGCUUUAUUGCUCACGCUAGCGGUCCUGUGCCUGCCCGGGAGAAAGGCUUGCGCGGGCCCUCGGGCGCGGGAACACUUUCACACCCCUGUUGCUCCCAGGGCGGCGGACUGGUGCCACCUCGAAGGACCGAGCGCUCGACCGCACGUCCCCGGACGCCUGGACGGAGGGGAGGCGAGCGGGCGAGGGGGGCUUGGCCGCAGGGCUGGGGGUGGGGGGAAGGGCUUCGUUACCAAAGGCCACACAGACUUGGUGGCGCCCGCCGGGCGCAGGGCUGAGGGCACCUGGCGCAGGUACCGAGGGAGGCCGCCGCUCUCGUGACUGUAGACUCCUGUAAAUAGGAACCGUAAGGAAUGACGUUUCCGUCCUGCCUGAUCCAACGUUUUCUUGUCCUUAAACAAAAAGACAUUGAAACAAACAAACAAAACCACAGGGAGCAAUUUCCAGCUUGAAUCUUUUGCCACACAGAAGAGCACAGGGGAGGAAGCGUGUCCAGCCAGCCAGCCACCCGGCCCACCCGGCCUGGCCCUCCGCGGAGCGACGGAGGACGGGGCCCCGGCUUGAGCGGGAGAGUGCUGGCCAGCCAGUCCGCCAGACCGGGGCGAGAGGUGCCACGGCUUCCACAACCGACUCUGUCCAGGCUUCAGCAACUCUUGGCAUCAGGCGCCGGGGCGUCCAAGCCGGUCGCUGUGGGUCCUGCUGGCCCUCCCGUGCCCAUUCCCACGGGAGGCGGAGAGGACAAGCCGGAAGGACAGGAGAGCCCUCGGUGCUUCAGGUCCCUGCAGCUUCCCCAUCUCUCCGCUGCCUCCCUCCACGGGGCAGGGGACCCCCAGGGUCGCCAGCCCCGGCGCCAUGAUUCUGGCCUUUGAUCUGUCUGCCUGUAAGCCGCCAUUGCCUUCACGAAAGGGAGCUUCGCCUCAGGGUCGCGCUACGAGGCCCCCGCGGGCCGGAGCCUUGAGACCCAGGCCACUCCAAGGGCUCCGGCACCCUCUUCCAGUGCCGCGGGCUUGGCCGCACAGCACCGUGGCACGGCCACCCCAGCAGAGCCGUGCCGGACGGGGGCGUCCCCCCCCCCAGCCUCCUGCAGGCUGCUCCGGUGGCCCUGAUCCGGCAGGGCUCGCCUCCGGGUCGCCUUGUGCAGAUGGCCGUCUCUUCCCACCAACUUCCCCGCCCGCCAGCCGUGCUUGCUGGGACCUCGUCCCGACGCACCCAGCCACGAAGGGGACGGUCAGCUGUGCCGCUCCCCCAGCCGAGACGGGCUGGGCCACUCGACACUCGUGGUGCUGUGCGUCCCGGCUCGGCCCCUCUGGGGCCCCUGCCCACCCGGCUGCGCCCGUCCUGCUGCCCUCAGAAAGCCGGCUGCCUCGGCCCCCUCCUUGCCGUGCGCAGCAUUCCGAUUCCGGGAAGGGGCAGGGAAGCCUCCCGCCCUCUCGCCUUCCAUGGCCCAGCUGUGUGUGCGAACGUGUGUGCGUGUGUGUCUGGCCGGCUGUGGGCGCGAGUCGGGAGUCGUGUCGGGAGACGAGGGAUGGGCGCUUCACAUUUCCCGGCCGAGAAGCUCAAAAGCUUUAAGGGCCCCGUGGAACCCGCGCCUGCCCGAGCGCAUGGUUCCAGCCGCACCUUUUCUUCCCAGACCCUGCGCCGGUGUCGUCGGCAGCGGCUCCUUCCGAUCUCGUGCCGGAUCCCCUCCAGAGUCCCCAGCCGAGAGUCCGGGCAGCUUCCAGUUAUGCAGGAGGGCCUUUUUCUUCCGCUCUUCACUCGCUGAAGGAAUCCCGCAGCAGCGCCACGAAGGGGGCCGGGCAGGUGGUCUGCGACUCGAUGUCCUGACCCGGCAGGUCCUCCCUGCGUCCGCCUGGCUAGCAGCAGGGGCCCAGGCGGGCGCACCAGCCUCCCUCGGCCCGGCCCGGCCCUGCCCGGGGAGAAAAGGCCGUCGGCCACACUUCCCAAAUCAGAUGCUGUCCCAUGUAGACACUUUAAAGUGCCACUGUAAAGUCUGGAGCAGGGCCGGCCCCUGGCUCCCGCCCUCAUUUUACGCCUCUGCUGUGGAAGGAAUAGGUCAGAGGCAGACUUUCUCAGAAGGGUCACCGCCUUCCCGGUAGGGUGAUCUUCCCUUCCCUUCUUCCCUUCCCCUCCCUUCCCUUCCCUUUUCACGAACGGCCUGCAAAGCGCAGCCCUGCAGCAGGUCUGUCCGCAAGCCGGAGCCGCUCGUGUUGUGUCACGUCGGCCUCGCCCCAGAGUCGCUUCCGUCCGCAGCCACGCUGCCAUAGGGCCCCGGGGCCUCCUGCGUGGCUGGCCAGGCCUCCGCCGGCGGGGCAGAGGCCGUGGGCAUGCACAUGUGGGGCGUGCGUCCAGCGGGGUCGAGCCACUGCUCUCCCAGGUAGCACCUGCUGUCUGGAGGAGGGGCAGGCCUCGGCUUCUUCCCCCAGGGACAGAGGGAGAAGGGACUGGUUGCGGGGGGACCAGAGGCGGGGCGGCUUGGUCUCCCGGAGGGAAAGCCAAGCUUUCUGCCCCCGCACGUGUGCGGUCAGGGAGGGGGGUUACGACAGUGUUACUUAUGUGAGGACCGCAGCAGUGCUGCGAUGGGAGGAGCCCCUCGCAAGGAAAACGGACGUGGCCGGAGGAGGAAGAGGAGAUGGGAGCGGCGCGGCAAUCCCAAAGGGGAAGCUCAUUUUGCACAAUUCCAGGUCAGAAGGGGAGACCCUACAUUGCAGGGUGGGGUGGGGGACAGGAAGGAAGGAAGGAAGGAAGGAAGAGGGGUGCUCCGCGGGCCUGGCCCGGACAAGCACACUGAAGGGUGCCGGGAACGGUCCUGAGCGCCGCACUGGGACGAACCGGGGUCAAGCCAAAAGCGGGAGGCCGGGCGCGGGCCGGCUGUGUGAGCGGGCAGCAAGCAGCCCUUCGUAGCUCUUCGUGUUGGUUCUAUUUAUACAAGAUUUCCGUUCCUUGCUUGUGAUGCCUCGUUUUUUGUACAGUUUUAUGUACAUGCCAGGUGUAGCUUUUUCUAAAAGGAGAAAUCCUACGGCAGAGUAAAGAGUACCCAACUAUUUUUCAGAUCGUGACCUAAGUUUAGGUACUGCCUCUCUCUCUCUCUCUCUCUCUCUCUCUCUCUCUCUCUCUCUCGCUAAGGUUGUAUUGCUCUCAAUGUGAUGCGUUCCCCUUGCACUGGGAAGGCUUUGGUUCCGGGGCUUAGUUCUCUCCAGGCACCCUGAGCACAAUUGAUUCCUUUGUAAUCCUUUUUGUUUGGAGCCGUGAGCAUGACACCUCGUGAGCCCCUUUCUGUUCCCCUCCAUUCUGUUUGUUUGCUGAGCUGUCAGAUGACAAACUCCACUGUAAUUAGUCCUCCCAAAGCUUUACAAUAAAAGUGUUAAAACCGUC